AUGGCCAGCCCUGUGCUCUUCUCUGCCUGUGAGCCCUGCAUUAAAGUCCUGCAGAGUCGCUAUCGUAUUUAUCGUGCCUUUAAUGGCGUGCGUGAGGACUAUUUCUACUCGACACUCGGAGGCGGAAGUUACGAGCUUGCACCGAAGCUCGACAUUCAACGCAUUGGGAGUUGCGUUUUUGCCACUACAUUGGUGGAGUUUAUGCAGCAGCCGCUGGCGACGGAGCCGGACAUGGUGCUGUCAACACAGAGUGCACAUUUGUCCUCGAGUGCAGGAACGAGUAGUCUUUGCGUGAAAAGUGAAGGUCCGCAGUCGGCAAAUAACAGAAAUACGAAUCACAACAAUGGGGGGUCUUGA